UUGCUCCUCAGCAGCACAGCCCGAGAAGUGCUUUCAACUGGGCAAUGGGAGUGCCGGUACCCCUCGCUCCCAGCAGGGAAGCUGAACCUAGCUGGCCCCUCCUUCCCCCACCCGGACCAGCAGCAUGAACGCAUAAGGAAGCUGAACUCGUUCUGGCUUCCAGCGAACACUUUGUCUGAUUCUGAGUAAAAGCGAAACUUGUUAUGUAACAGAAAGAGCCCUAUAAAUAUCCCUGUUCAAACCCCAGCAGCCCGGGAGGACGCUGCAGAGGCUGGAGGGAGCUCGGAGGCUACAGGAAAAGCAUCUGCUUGUUCUGCAAACUGCGGCGGCAGCACAGAGGCUGAGAAGCAAGGCAGUCAGGACUCUUUUCUAUUGCCUACCUGCCCAAUAAGGAAGACUGCUAAGAACACCUGAAGGAACAAAGGAAAGGCAAGGGCUGAGAACAGCGGUCUAACCAGUAAAGAGACAUAACCUGACUCUGAGCUGCAGAAACUCUACAACCUGCCUAAAACAACAUUUAGGAAAUUCCAUGAGAUACUGAGCACUGCUGUGGGGAGAGACUCCUUAACAGAGACAAUGUCUGACCAGGCAACUCCCCCUGCUGCAUCUGGAUCACAUAAAGCAGAAUCUGAUCUGAGAAUCGUCCUUGUUGGUAAAACUGGAGCUGGGAAAAGUGCAACAGGAAACACGAUUCUUGGUGCUAAAAAAUUUCGUUCAGAAAUCUCAUCGUCUUCAGUUACAAUGCAGUGUGAAAGACAGGCAGUGUUCAUUGAUGGGAGGAAAAUUACAGUGGUCGAUACUCCUGGCCUUUUUGACACUUACGCACGUAACAAAGAGACUUCCAAAAAAGUAGGUGAGUCUGUUAAACUCCUCGCUCCAGGAAUCCAUGCCAUUAUUCACGUCAUGCAGCUGGGUCACUUCACCCAAGAAGAAAAGGACGUGGCUAAGGAAAUAGAGAGGAUUUUCAGGUUCAAAGCAAAGAAUUACAUAAUCUUCCUGUUCACCCGAAAAGAAGAUUUAGAGGAGAAAACACUGGACGUGUUCCUAACAAAUGGUGAUAAAGAGCUUUGGAGUCUGGUUCAGACUUGUGGAAACCGACGCCUCGCUUUCAACAACAGAGCCGAAGGAAAUGAACAGUCUGCUCAGGUGACUGAAUUGCUUGAAAUGGUGGAUGACAUGGUGUGUGGAAACGGUGGACAGCCCUGUUAUACUGAAGAAAUGUUUAAGAAGGACAAGUCAUUUUUAGAAAGGUUUUGUACUAUACUCUAAUCGCUAAAUGAUCUUCUGAGACGGGUUUGUUGUACUUCUACCAUUUUAGAAGGGGGUUUGGAACGUUUGUUUUAAUGUCAAGGCUUUUAUUGGUAUUAAAAUCUUCGACACUGAGAUUAAAAUAACAUAUUUACAUUUCCCUUAAUUGUAUCACUAAUUUCAUCUUGGAUAGCAAAACCUGAAAGAAUUUUAAAUCAAAUUUAAUUUUCA